CCCAUUUUCACUUCCCUUUUUAAGUCGAAUUUAAGAUGGAAAAAUUAUUCAAAACUCGCUCCAACAGAUCACAACAAUCGGCAUCUGCACGCCAGACGGACGUUGACAGCAAAGUUGUGGCAUUGACAUAUGAAUUCAAGUACUAGAUGCAGGGUUGACCAAAUCGAUUUAUUUUUUUGUAGAUUCAAUUCGGGGGAAAACUUCCCCGCAAUGACAGGUGAGAAUUUUUAUAUUUAUGAAAAAAUGUACCACAAAAAAAAGUGGAAUAAUUCCAUCCACCUUUUAGUUAAAAUGGCAGAAGAUUGAUUAAAUAAAUGUAUAGAAUACACAAAGGGAGGAACUCAUUUAAUACCUCCCAAAAGCUAAGAAACCCAUUUGCCAAUCAGAACAAGUACCUCAACCUCCUCAACUCUAUUCCAUGCAUAUGUUUCGAAUUCGAUCGUCAAUAAACAUGUCUGCUUUCAAACUUUCAUGGACGGACUGCUGUUGUAUGGGACGUGAGUUUUGGGAAAGCGUUUUUGCGUUUCUUAUCACAUCUUAAACCUUAAAAAGUGCGUGAGUGAAACACGGUUCCAAGUCUACAAUCAAUUUGACAGACAUUUCCAUGAAAAAGUGUAGUUUUCUGGCAGAAAUUCCUCGACAAAGCUCCUGCCCGUGCGUUUUCGAAUACCUCAAAAAUUCCAGCAACAACUUUCGCACAAAAUCGAUCUCGGACACGACGGCAUUGCUAGUGAGGAUUCUUAUGGUAAUUUCGUGAGCGUAGAACGUCGGGGACCAUCGAAUUGACAUCAGGUUCCGUGCCCACAUAGUCAUCGCGAGUUCUGGGGGAAACGCUAAUCGUCGCAGCUGAAUUUGGAAUGUAUGCUUGCGGCAAACAAAAGAAAUCAGUGUAAUCGGCGAUCAUCUUUCUUUUUAACCGCUGCCAGACGUAAUCAAGGAAUUCUAGGCUCGUCCCGAUAGAGGCAGGCAAGGACUCCGCAUAGGUGAGCAGACCCACCGUGAGUGUGACGUUGCAUGGCGAGUUAUUCUAAUUAGAUCGGAAUUGGGACUGAGAACUAACGGCAAAGCAAGUAAUUUACAAAUUCUGGUAAAUUUCGCUAGAACGUGCAGCGGUUCACCGAGGGAAAUGGAGACCUUGUGACGUUUGCUAUCGAUUCUUCUCUCUUUUUGCUUGCAAGUGCUAUGGUGCACUACGUCGCCCCCAGCAUCCAUAGCGAGCACCGACUGGUCGAAUGAGGGGCAGAUUUGCUGUCGUGCAUCUCAGCUUUAAACACUUUUGGAAAGAACCACGCUAGCAUCAUCUCCAAGAUUUCAAAAUGCAGGAACUGGUCACAUGUCCAGUUUGCACCCUCUACCUGCGUCCCGGCAUGGCGCUGGAAGACCACCUCGAGACACAUCCCAAGGAGCAAGUUAUUAGAGCUCUGGUGUCAUUGGCUGUCGGUUCGGAAAGGAUACCUCCGCAGAGAUUUCAACCUCAAGAUGUGGCGGCGACAACGGCCGACUUUUCUGGGAAUAAUUGUACCAUUCGCGGAGGCUAUAGCCAACAACCCCAAGGAACGCAGUUCAUAUUUGCACCUCCACCGCCGCCGCCUCCUCGACCCAAUGUUAUGAUUGUGAAUCGACAGAGUACGAUGGUCUACCAUUCCGCAACCGGAGUUGAGGACAAAAUGGAAGCACCAACGCAAAGGAUUGUCGCUCAACCGAAUUUCAUUGCACCGUCUCAGUUGCAGAUAUUCACCCUUCCGCACAACCCAACAACAUCGAGUAAACUUCCUCCACCUCCGGCCUACGGAACUGCAAUAAAUCAAUUACGAUCUCAGCAAAACCAAAGUAAUAGCGGUUUCCAUAUACAACCACCACAUACUUCGCCAUCUCCAUCGAGCCGUAAUUCUCCUCAUCGCCCACCCUCAAAUAAUACACCAACAACCUCGGCACUGAACUUUGUCCAACUCGCUUGUACGUCACCGCGUCCACCGCCUUCACCCUCUGUUCUUCGCUAUGCCGAAAGCCCAGUUUCUGCACAAUAUGUGGAACGGGAAAAUGGCGAUUUCAUAGUUCAGGAGUCACCUAGGCAUGUUGUGGAGUGCAUUGAAACGGAAAGCGGAGAGUUUUCAGUAAUAGAAAAAGUGAUACAAUCACCGCCAAGUGUUGUUCAAUUUCAAGAUUGUGAUAAAGAUAAUGAUAACGAUAGCGAAGAAUAUUUUACAACUGAUGCACACAGCGAACUUAAGGAGGAUACUCCAAGUACCUUGCUUCCCGACGUGAGCAUCACUGACGAUGGCGAAGCUGCAAAUGAGCCGGUUCCUUACAAAGGGAGCGGAAUGAAAGAUGUUACAGUUUUAAGUAAUGUAAAGUUAGAUCCCAACGAAUCGUUAGAGAUUAUGGAGAAUUUAGAGAAUAUGAAAUCGUCUGCAGAGGGCGAACUUAUUUGGACUGGAUUAGCUGAUAUUAAAAAGGAAGUGGGGAAUAUAGUAGCGAAUACAGGGAAUAAAAGUGAAAAGGCGCAAAGUGUGUCGGUGCAGUCGUUUCCGCAGCCGUCAACGUCUACUACCACAAGUGUCAUACGACUAGCUAGCAAUAAUCGUUCAACUUGUCAAAAGGAAGAGGAAGAAAAAGCGGAAUCCCUCGGUACCCCCAAAAAAGACCCGCGACCAGCAACAAAUAUGAAACGCCCGUACCGAAAGCAACCCAAAAAACUGACGGUUAAAUUUAAAGUAGCAAUACCAGGAAUUGAAGCAAAUUCGACUGAAGAAAAUAUGAAUUGCUCUGUAACGGGGGCAAGUUCAACGACUGCAUCUGAAAUGGAAACUCAGGUUCAAUCACCCAAUCUAGUUAUAGGCUUAGACAACGUUAAGGUUAACAAAUUAGAAAAUGAUGAAAAUUCAACAAAGAUGCAAAUUACGAACGAAGUUCGAAGGCUCCAGGAGCCCGAAAUGUGUUCGGUUUCACCUUUGGAUGCUUCCGACAAUGCAAUAGAUAUUACAAAUUCCAAUCUAAUGGAUCUGAAGCAAGAAGUCGAUAACAACGCAGCUGUGUCCACACUGGAGAAAGCUCAACCGAUGAUUGUUCAUGAGCCCUCUCUGAGUGGAGAAGCCAUGGUUGAAUCGUCAUUGGGAUAUAAGCAAAGUGAGAAUUUGCAAAUACAAUCAGAAACGGAAAUGCUAGCACACGGUCCUAAUUUGAAGUUCGAGGAAAUGAAUGAAGGCGACUACCAAGGAAUGGCACUUUCGCAAAUGCUCGAUCAAGUUUGUGGAUCACGCGCUGACAAAACUGAUUCAUUUCCAUGCGUGCUUUCUGCGGAGAAUAAUUCGAAGCCAGAUUCUUCUAAUAUAAUCGAGAAAAUGAUUUCAACAACAACCAAUGAAUUGAAUGCAGAGAACGUGGUAAGCAACAUUGAGUCUCCUGAAUUGAAUGCUGCUUAUCUUACGCUGUCGUUGUCGACAAAACCAUCAACCAGUAUACUUGCUGUGCAAGAAGAGCAGGUAGAAGACGAGAAGGAGAGCAAAGAACAAAGGAGCCCUGAACAGCACCAAACUUCUGAAGCUAAUACAGAUUAUCCAUUUGGGCUAAUUUAUGGUAGUACAAAUGACACCGAGGAACAAACAUGGAGCCGAUAUAUCACGCACCAACAAAUGUCACAAUUUCCAGAACUAGAUAAUGAACAAAGUAAUUAUAUGGAUCUAGAUACGUACAAGAUAACCAGUUGUCAGGUAUCAAAAGUGCCUAACAUUCAUACGGAUGAAAAGAUGCCAGCCAAAGGUGAAAUUUCUGAACAGGAGAGUAAUGGCGAUGUGGAUAACUCAUGGAGUAAUCCGCAUUAUUCGAUACCCGAGUUUCGCAUUACAAGCUCGUAUGAGCAUUAUAAGAACUGCGAAUGGACUGACAACACAGACGGGGUAAUGCCAUUCUCGCAGGAAUUCGUAACGGAAAUAAAAGCGGAUCCACUUGAAAAAUCAACGGAGUCAACAACGAUUACGAACAAAUCCAUUUUGCCAUCCAUUGAGCCCAGUGCACCGAUAUUAACAACAACAUCAACAAUAAAAGUCGAGGAAAUCUCCGAAUGUACGCGAAGGCAGAAGCAAUUCCAGUGUGCUCAUUGUACAGAGCGCUUCCCACUUCUGAAGGAAAGAAAUGCGCAUUUAAUCGAGAAGCAUGGCUACAAACGAGUGAAUCGACGUCUGGUUCGGGAGGCGCCAUCGUGCACAGUGACGACGGGGAACGUAACUGUGGUUCCAAUUACAACAGAAGUCCAACCCGUUGUAGAUAAUAAUAUAACGAUGAGCAACACUUCCGCGGUUGAUACAGUUGAUGACCUUAAGCCUGACAUAAAACCUGAGAUCUCAGUGACGAGCACGCCAAUCGACGCAACUGUAUUUCCACGUACGAAAUAUGAUGCAAUUCGGGCUGGAGUUUACCGUAUGCUGAUGCACUUCAAUUUGAAUGUGUUGAAAGAUAAGAAGGUGGAAGUUGAUGAGGCUUAUUUCGAAUCGAAAUCAUUCUGUUGUUUUACGUGUAGGCGGAGUUUUAUUAGUGUCAAAUUGUAUGAUGAGCAUUUGGCUGAACAUCCGGCUGAGUGCUUCACGUGCGGACGGAAAUUCUCACGAUGGACAUACUUCUCGCUACAUUUAAAACGCCAUUUGGGAUGGAAGGACUUUGCUUGUACCGUUUGCGAGAAGAAGUUUGUGAUUAGGAGCGCACUUGUUGAACAUAUGCGAAUCCACACAGGCAUAGCCCCGCUCAAAUGCAACGUUUGCGACAAAACCUUCAAGCGAUAUUCGAAUUUAACGCAGCACAAGAAAGUCUGUCACAGCAGUCGAGUGACUAAGAAAAAGGAUUAUGUCUGCUAUUGUGGGGAGGUACUACCGUCGAAGGCACGAUUUCUCUGGCACAAGGAAACGCAUGAGACCAAACCGAAAGUUUGUCCCUACUGCCGGGACCGGUUCAUCCAUCGGCGAAGUUUAAAGCGGCACAUACGCCUCACUCACUCGGAUAAGUUCGACUACAUACAACCAGUUAAAUGCAAAGAAUGCAAACAAGUAUACGCCAAGGCGAGUAUGAAAGCGCACAUGCUCACACAUUCAAUCGACACUCUGCACGAAUGCUCCAUUUGCAAUAAAUCAUUCACUACCAAAUGGAACCUGAAAAUUCACAGUUGGGUCCAUGCCAAUCGAGCAGCAAAACCCUUCAAGUGUGAACAUUGUAUCAAAGCUUUUGUGCGCGAAGUUGACUACAAAAAUCAUAUAAAUUCCCAUAAAAAUAUUAAACCUUUCACAUGCGAGUUUUGUGGCUGUAAAUUUAUAAGAAAAUACAAUUACAUGCGUCAUAGAAGAGAACAUACUGCACAGAAACGUUUCAAAUGUGAUUUGUGCUGUAAAAUGUUCCAUCGCAAUUACUAUUUGAUUGAACAUCGUCGAAUGCAUACUGGCGAGCGACCGUUCCUAUGCACAAUAUGUGGCAAGAGCUCGACAACAAAAACUAAUCAUAACAAACAUUUAAAGAUUCAUCAUUCGCGUGAUCCAUUCACAUCAGAGGCAUAGAUUUAUUUAUUUAUCGUUAUAAUAAUUGAGAAGAAAUAAUCUGAGAACCAAAUUUAACGUUUUCUAGCGUAAACACUCGAAGUGUCAAGCUACGGAGCGUACUCAGCCCUUGGAAUGCAGAAAUCAGCUCCAGGCAAAGUUGUUAGUUCCAGGUGCAUAUUUGAUUGCGUGAAAGCAUCCCUUUGCAUGGUGAGCUGUUGUUUAACGUGUUGGGUUCGGACAAGCCUUUUCCGAAAAUGUUUCUCUCAGCGUGAUUUGAUGCGAUUACAUUCCAGUGAAAUUUUUUUUAAAGAAAUAUUUCCUCCCUCGAUUUGAUUGAAGCAAAAUCCUCCAUCAUUCGCCUAACUUUCUCAGCGAUAGUUAUGAUUUGCUUGAUUUUAAUUGCAUAAUUCAAAUAUACUUUAAAACCGCUCUAAUUGUGAAAGGCAGUCUAGAAUUACAUUGGGCAAGGGUCGUUCGGUUGCUCCGUUGGGUCCGCCUUUCUCGCGGAUUCUCCGUUGUCACUUCGAGUGUUUCGUUGUUUUGAAUCAAAAAUGACCCCACCCUCUUUUAUGUAAAAACACUAUUAUCGCUAUUGAAUUUAGUUACUAUUAGUAUUAUUAUUAUCCUAGAUAAAAAUUUAUUGUUAUCGCAAAGAUCCUUUCUGUUGUAAUACAAACGAAAGGGAGACGUUCUAUGAAAAUUGUUUUAUUUUUUUUUUUUUUUUUGAUUUAUCCAAUCUUUGCCAACUUAUUUCCUCCUUUAAAUGAAAUUAUAAUUUUUAAUGAUGUGAUGAAGCAGGAGCUAGUUUUCAGUAUGUUCGAGAAAUUUAUAUGUACUGUACUUUUUAACUAUGUAUAAGUGACUUCCGAAUAAUUAGUGCAAUAGUGAUUUUUUAAAAGAAAAAUAUAAAUGGAAUGAAAGAAAAAUGAACAUUACAAGAAUUGUGUGCUUAAAGUGAAUUUGAAAAUACAUUCAUUCAUUAUAAC